AGAGAAAGGGGGGAGUCAUCAAUGUGAUAUAAAUACUGUGAUUUAGAAAUAGAAUCCAAAAGGGGCAAAAAUAAGAAGAGGACGAAAAUGAAGAGAAACAGAGCGCUCUUGUGUCUCCUCACGAUGCUCCUAAUCGCCGCCGCAGAUUCAACGGAAGAUACGGUGGUUCGGCUCGAAAUGGCGCACCGGGACACUCUCUGGCCGACGGCUUUCCGUCGCAUCGAGGACAUUAUCGGCGAGGACCAGAAGCGUCACAGCCUGAUUUCUCAGAAACGGAAAAUAAAAGGAGGAGGCGGAGGAGCUAAAAUGGCGUUGGGAUCGGGGUUUGACUACGGAGCGGCGCAGUAUUUCGCGGAGGUUAGGGUUGGAACGCCGGCGAAGAGGUUCAGGGUGGUGGUUGACACAGGGAGCGAGCUGACGUGGGUGAAUUGCAGGUUCCAUGGCAAAGGCAAAGAGAAUCGUCGAGUGUUUAGAGCAGAGGAAUCGUCGAGUUUCAGAAAAGUUGGUUGCUUGACUCAGACUUGUAAAGUUGAUUUGAUGAAUCUCUUCUCACUCUCUAAUUGCCCUACCCCUUCUACUCCUUGCUCCUACGAUUACAGAUACGCGGACGGGUCAGCAGCACAAGGCGUGUUCGCAAAGGAGACAUUCACAGUUGGUCUCACCAACGGUCGCAAAGCCAAACUCCGUGGUCUCCUCAUAGGUUGCAGCAGCUCCUUCAGUGGAGACAGCUUCCGUGGAGCCGAUGGUGUGCUUGGUUUAGCCUUGAGUGAUUACUCCUUCACAUCCAAAGCCACUAACAUCUUCGGUGGCAAAUUCUCAUACUGCCUCGUUGACCAUCUCUCCAACAAAAACGUCUCCAACUACCUCACCUUCGGCUCUUCUUCCUCCACUACUAAAACCGCAGCCUCUAUACGAACCACCCCGCUUGAUCUCAAACUCAUCCCUCCUUUCUACGCAAUCAACAUCAUUGGAAUCUCCAUUGGAGACGACAUGCUCGACAUCCCCACGCAAGUAUGGGACGCAACAGCCGGUGGUGGCACCAUCUUGGACUCGGGAACAAGCCUCACGUUUUUAGCUGAUGCAGCGUACAAGGCCGUGGUCUCAGGGCUCGAGCGUUACCUUGUUGGGUUCAAGAGAGUUAAACCAGAAGGCGUACCGAUAGAGUAUUGUUUCGAUACCACGUCAGGGUUCAACGAGAGCAAGCUGCCGCAGCUAACGUUUCAUUUCAAAGGCGGUGCGCGGUUCGAGCCGCACCGUAGAAGCUACGUAGUAGAUACUCUGGAAGGAGUCAGGUGUUUAGGGUUUGUGUCGACGGGAUCGCCGGCGACUAACGUCGUUGGGAACAUAAUGCAGCAGAAUUAUUUGUGGGAGUUUGAUCUUGUGGCCUCAACUUUGUCUUUUGCUCCUUCUACCUGUCUUUAGCUUUUGUCCUUUUUCUCUUGUGUUUAUUACUUUUAUUGAUUGGCAAAUAUAUAUUGUUAGUGAAUGAAUAAACACG